GACAACUGUCAUCCCGUCUGCUGCAUUAUUUACUCGGUGGUUGUCUGGGUCACGGCUUUCAAUAGAGUAAUACAAUCAUUUUUUCAAACCCUUCGUUCGCGACAUAGGAUAGUUCUAAAUCAUUAAGGCUUAGCUAGUAUACCCAGUACUGUGUGAAGUCAUGGAGACUCAAGUCGAAGCCAGGUUGUGCGGCACACGUCCACCGGAGCCGGCGAUCUCGCCCGUCGGACCUGCACGGGGGAGGGCGGACUAUCUCCCGAAGAACUGGCAGCUCUACAGCGCUGGUGUGAGCAUGCUAGCCGGCGGGCUGACGCAGGUUGUUCACCACCCAUUGUUCACGCUUAAAACCUUCGUACAGACACCACAUUUCUCAUGGAAGGACUUCCUAGGCCGAACUGUGCGCAGUCCUGUCGGAUUUCUGUACAGAGGUGUGGUAUCUCGUUCCCUGGGUGUCAUGCCGGAGAGAGUGUUCAAGAUGCAGAGCUGGAUCGUGACGACAAACUUUCUGACGGACUUGCGAGGCGGGGAACAGUCCUUGGGGAUCUGGAUGUUAGGCGGACUAGCGGCUGGUGUGGGUACUGCAGUCGUGGCGGCUCCCUCUGAGCUGUUCAUGGUCCGGGCGCAGGUUCAUGGUCACCAACUCAGGGAUGUCUGGAGGACGACAGGUUAUUUCAACACAACACAAGGUAUGUACAGGGGUUUCGCACCCACGCUGGCACGUGACCUCAUAUUCAACACGCUGUUCUUCACGUUGCGGGAAGCUGGGGUACGGCGGUAUGAGACCCAACAUGGCCGCCGCUGUCCUGACCACAAACGGUUUCAGAUAGGACUUGUAGCAGGCAGUAUUAGCUGCGCUGCAGCGACCCCAAUGGACUUGAUCAAGACACGCAUCCAGUCUGCUCUGCAGUGCAGUCCAAAGUCGCAGCGGGGCGUUCUCUUCUUCGUAAACUCUAUAGUGAACGAGGGAGGAAUAUGGAGACUUUGGCAAGGCUUGGGCACCAGAGUGAUGAUUCUGCCAAGCACACUCUCGCUGUUUUAUCUUCUUCACGAAAAAAUGGAGGGAGCUCUUUUACAGAGACUCAGCGAACAAGGAGAGCAGGUCUGAUGAGGAAAAACAUUUAAAAAACAGCCGUGAGUAGUUUAAUCAGGUCGGUA